CAUGUUUGCAGAAUUUGUGGUAUCGCAAAGGCUUCGAUUUUUGAACAUUUGAGUUGGAAAAUGAUGUUUCUGUACUCACACCUCCUAACAUGUAGUCUAUGAUCAUUCUUAAAAUUUCUUAUUUUAAAAUUUGAUUUUCAAUUUUGUUGCUUAUUGGUUUUGCUGAUAUUUGUCUGUGGUGCAAGAAACGUCAUCUCUGAUUAUCUGCUUGGGCUUUGUUAGUUAUAAAAUGAUAUUUUUUUAGUCCGUCAUGAAAGGUUUUAUCCUGUCAUAGGUACUCUAGCGCACUGUUGUUAAUAUUAUUAUUGUACUUGAUGCUGCAGCUUCCAGGAUGACCAUUCUCUUAAGUUGAUGGUAACACUGAUCCCCGUUUACAUUUUUAUUCCAAUGAAACAGCUAAACUUCAAGUGAUACUUUUACAUACCAAAAAUUGCAUUCUGCUGUUGUACCGUGCUUCAAUUAUGACUUACUAUGUUAGUGCUUUUAGUUGAGCGCAUAUAAUUGCAGGACAGUUGUUUUCUUCUCCUGCAUCACUUAAAAGUUUUACUAAUAAGAUUUGAAUAACAAGGAAUACUUGAAAGCAGGCUUAUAUUGUCUUGUUGAAUAAUUUAACUUGUCUAAAGGUUGUGCAUGGGAAAUGGCAUCUAUAAUAGGCUCUGAAGAGAUAAUUUUUGAUAGGAUUUUUUUGCAUACAUAUAAAUAUAUUUCCCCUUAAAUAUGGCUUAUUGUAUAUUUACCCUCAAAAAGGACUAUUUUCAUAUAUACCCCUCAAGUUAUCUUGUUUUUGCAAGGAUGCCUCACCUUGUAGAUUUUUACUGAUGGUGCUGAUAAGUUGCCCUUUUGGAUUAAAUAAUCCUAACAAAAAUUUGACAUUUGAUAUAUUUUGUAAAGAGUUAUAUUGUUUGUCUUAUAGGAAUACUAAUGCAAAAUGGUAAUCAAGUCAUUCUACAUUUAAAAUAUUUUUAUUAAUAUCAUUAGUCUAAAAUAGAGAUUUCAUGUGAGAAAAAUAUAUGCAAAUAGUGAUUUGCAAAGGGUAAACAUGCAAUAAACCAUAUUUGCCAAGAUGUAUAUGUAAAAAAAAUCUUUUUGAUAUUAAGUUCAUCAAGAAGUUUCCUCUUUAAAUUACUUCUGAAAAUGUGGUCUUUGAGAUGCUGAUUUUAUAAGCAUGAAGCUUAACAUGUGGAAGGAGAGACCCAAGCUCCAGCAGUUUGAAUGGGACCAUCUACUACUCUCUAAUUGUGAAGAACCUGCUUAAAGUCAGCCUCUAGGGUCCACCAGUGUUUGAAGAGGAUGCAGCAGAGGUGUUGUAAAAGUGAUGAAGGAGGGUGUAGAAGAAGAGAAGGAGAAAGGGAGAGAGGAGAAGGAAAUGAAACAAGAGUCACAUUUCUGUUUCAGUGUAUCAAUACUAGACGGGCCAACAUUAUAAUUGCUAAGUGGCCCUUAUGACAGCUGAUGUGUUCGACAAAAGAAGCAUGAGCACCAGCAAUGUGAACAUUUUAUGUCUUCUUUUUGAAUUGUAUAGGAAGGCACAGGUUUUUUUACAUCAUGCAAUGAAGUUCACAAAAGUUGACUCCAUGGAUCUUCAAGUGGGCCUUCUUAGGGGCAUCUAUGCUUAUGCAAAGGGGAAUUGUUCCCUUCUGCAGAAGCCUUUGAUGUUUUCUAGCAAGCUCAUUCUGGAACUGGAAAAACUGCAACUUUUUGUACUGGAGUCCUGUAGUGGAUUGAUUGUAUGCCAGGCCAUGGUUCUAGCUCCAACGCAAGAGCUAGCCCAGCAAACUGAGAGGCCAUGAGAGCUCUUGGAGACUGCCUGGGUGGCAGAGUUCAUACUUGUGUUGCUGUACAACAGUUCAUGAGGAUCAGGGGAUUCUUCAAAGUUGUUUUCAUAUGGUUGUUGGCACACCAGGUCAUGUACAUGAGAUGCUCUGGAGGCAUUCCUUCCAUCCUGACUGCAUCAAGAUGUUAUUAGAUGAGGCAGAUGAAAUGCUUUCUCAUGGUUUUAACAACUGGUAAUAUUCUUCAGUCCCUUGGUCAUUCAUUUGUGAUUGCAAAAAUGAUCUCAUCUUUAUUUGGAAAAACGAAAAGCCAAGAGAAGCUGUCUAAGUUGUUGAUAGAUUGCAUAAUUCAUACUGUUUUUGCACAGAUUUAAUAGGAUAUUGUUGACAGUGUGCUAGUUAGGACAAGACUCUAAAGGGAGGUAGUUAGGACGAGAUAGAUGUCGAUGAAUCUCUCUUUGAAGUAGGCAAAAAGCUUAAUGACACUGAGUUGGAGAGUUCCAUUUGAAGUCCAGACGUUCUCUGGCUGAAUCAGAUUGUAGAAUGCAUCUAGGGAUCAUCUCAUUGCCUUGCCAUUAUAUUUUAGGUUAUGCAUCCAACUUGAAUAUCCU